UUUCAAUCAAUCUGAACAGACCUAUUUAUUCAGCACUGUUUUUGUUGUUUACAAAUUUUGUGCACGCGUAACAUUUCAUAACCAUAAGAGAAAAAAUAAACAAAAAUUAAAUAAAAAGAUGCGAAAAGAAGUUUUAAAAUAUCUCUACAAUCUUGUAUUUUGCCAAACAAUAUCAGACUCUGGGAAAUAUCUCUUCAUCGGAAACAGAUUUGGUGAUAUUUUCUGCCAAAAAAUUGAAGAUUUUGAAAAUGUUGAAGAUGACAAACCAAAAACCCGUGUGCGUAUCUAUCCACAAGGAGAAGAACGCUCUAUCGACAGUCUAGCCUUCCAUCGCGACUUCUUGAUAGUCGGAACGGCUGGAUGUAUUUAUGGACUCAAAUGGGACGAAGAGAACUCUAAACUCUCCUCGUCUAAGAAAUGGGAAAUCUCAAUUCCAUUAACAGCUGAAUCCUUUGAUUUGGCUGAUGUUAAUACCAUGUGGAUCGAUAAACCCAACGAGAUCCUCUACGCUGGCUGCGGUGAUAACACUAUGUAUUCCAUUAAUUUGGAAGACGGUAAGAUCAUUCGAAGUUUCAGUGGCCACGAGGAUUACAUCAAUACUGUCCGCGGUAGUGGUGGAAAGUUGUUUACAGCAUCAGAGGAUGGAAGUGUUAGAAUAUGGACACCUUCCGACAAAGAUGCUGUUGGCAAAAUUGAACCCCACACCAAUAGUAAACUAAUUCGACCAGACUUUGGCAAUUGGAUUGGAGGACUAGCUGUUUCUUCGGACUGGCUUUUGUGUGGUGGAGGAUCAAGACUGUCGCUCUGGCAUAUGCGAUCUAUGACUUGCUCGACAGAUUAUCCCUUCGAAGGGGCUAUUCAUUGUACUGACUUUCUUGACGAAAAUAUUUUAGUAGCUGGAGAACAUACCUCAGUGCAACAUUAUACACUCAAUGGCGAUAUUGUUGCUGAUAUUCCUGUGGAACAUACUGCAACUUAUUCGAUUGUCUGGCAGAAUCAACCUGUUAAAUUUAUGUCCAUGGCUGGAUAUAGUAAUAAAUUACAUGUACUGACUGAUUUUCGUUUUCUUGAUAUGUCUGUUGAUUUGUAUGAAGAAGUUGAAGAUGAUUUUUAUACUGAUGAAUAAAAUUAUUUAUUUCAUGUUUUUUGUAACUUAA